AUGGGAUCUAAAUUGAGUAUAGAUAAGCAUGUUUCAAACUUAGAAGACAUUUUAGAACUCAAUACGAAAUUAUUAGAGAAGAUUAAAUUCGAUAGUAACAUUCCUGAAAGCAUAACUUAGCACUUAAAAGUAUAUAUAUUUCAAAAUAAUCAGAUUUGGAAAUUUUAAGAGGAGAAGCACCCUUUAAAGAAGGUUAGAUCUGAACCAAUAAAUUUAAGUACUAUUUAGACAAGUGGUUUUAAUUUUCUUUCAACUGAAUGUUAUCUGGUAUUAUUGGUAUAUAAGAAAGCUUAAGAAGGUAAAAUUGUAUAAUUAAUAUAGAGUAUAAUCAAUUCACAAACUUUCCACAUCAGAUGUGGGGUGUUGUUGAAUCUUAUUCUAAUUUGACCCCUAGAGGAUUAGAAGAACCAGUGGCAGCAUCUGAAAGUCAUCUUGAAUCAUUUUUGUUACCUUAAAGAUAAUAAAAUCCAUCGACUUCAAAUAUUUAUGAGUAUAUGAUAUUUGUAUGGAAUGGGAAAACUGCUAAUCCAUUAAUAAAAGCAUCAGCAUUAUCAAAUGCUUUUGAAUUAGAAAAUUUGUUAAAUAGAGGAAGAGACCCAUUACUUGAAAUCCUAUUUAGUGGUGGCAUUAUUAAAAAUAAAAAAUUAUCUAAAGGAUCGAUAUUAACAUUAUAAAGUAGUGCAUAAACAUCAUUACCUACAAAUAUUGAAGGUGAAAAUUAAGUUAGAGAAACUGUAUAUUUAUUUAAUUUUCUAUUUCCUAUUCCAGAAAAGAAGAAGGAGUUCUCUAAAUUAGCAGAUUUUCUAGCAAAAAAAUAAAAUACAUAAGCAUAUGCUAAAUAAUUUAUACAUGUUGAUUUAAAUGAUGAACAAAUUCAAAAUACAAAUAACAAUAAAAUAUUUUAAAAGCCAAAAUUUAAUUUAAGAGAAUCUUUAACUAGUAGAGAUGCAUAACCUAGAGAUGCAUUUAAAGAAUUAGCAUUACCUAGAAGAAAUUCUAAUGAAAUUAAAAAUAAAAUAAAUGAAAUUUCAGUUGAAGGAUCUCCAUCUAUUUCUAAAGAAAGUUCAAAACCAAUUUCUAGUCGUUCAAGAGAAAAUAAUAGAUAUGAAGAUAUUAGUCCUUAAUAGAAGCCAAUUAUACUUAAUAAUAAUAAUAAUAAUACGUUUUAAUUUAAUUUACCUACAUAAAUGAAAAAUAAAGUACCUGCAAUAAACAUUCCAAAACUUGAUUUAAAUUGUAAAACAUAAUCACAAGAAGUCAUUAUUGGUGUUCCAUUAAUUGAAGGUGUAGAAUUUAAUGAAAAUGAAAAAGUGAAGCCGAUGAAACUACCAUUAGCAAGUUUGAAAUUAUAAAGAGAUGAUACUACAUAUUAAGAUAUAGAAUAGGAAGAUUCAAAUGGAUUUAAUUUUGAUAUUAGAGAUACUGACAGAAAAAAACUAAAAAUUUAACAUUUUGCAGAAUAAUGUUCAUCUGUAAUACCUAAUUUUUUAUAUGUUGGAGGUGAAUAGAUAGCAUAUAAUAAAGAAGUCUUAAAAUAAAUAGGUGUUACUCAUGUAGUAAAUUGUGCAGGUGAUGUAUGUAAAAAUAAAUAUCCUGAUGAUUUCUUUUAUUAGACUUAUUAUUUAAAAGAUUCUAAAACUGAAAAUAUUGAAUGCAUUUUUUAUGAAGUUAUAGGUAUUAUAGAAAAUGCAAAGAAGAAUAAUGGAAAAGUAUUGAUUCAUUGUGUAUAAGGAGUAUCAAGAUCAGUUUCUUUAUGUAUUGCUUAUUUAAUUAUAUCUCAAUAAAUUACAUAUUCUUAAGCAUUUGAUAUAAUAAAGAAGAAUAGAGGAGUAGCAUCCCCAAAUAUGGGAUUUACUGUUUAAUUGUUAUUAUUUUAAAAGCGUUUAUAAGCAUCAUAUGAUAGUAUACCUAUUGCUCCAAGAGUAUUUGCAGUUGGAAGAGGAGUUAGUGGACCUUAGAGUAUUGUAUGUAGAAUGUUAAUGGAUUAAUUAUAUUCUGGUAAAGUUUUGAGAACAUUUGAUAGUAGAGGAGUCUUUUUAGUACUUACAGAACAUGAUUUAUACUUAUGGAUUGGACCUUAAUGCAAUAAAACAGAAAAGUAUUUCAAUUUUAUAUCAUAGAUUCAUUCAAUAUGCACUUGAUUAUACUAAAUUUUUGAAAUAAUUUGAAAAAGCACCUAAUAUAUAACCUAUUUUAAUGGAAGCUGAAAAUGAAUCAGAUAUUUUUUGGGGUUUAUGGGGUAUUGUUGGAAAACCAGCAAUUAUUUGUUAAAAAAUAAGAGAAUGGGAUUAAUGGUAUGAAGAAGUUGAUGAAAAUGAAUUUAAUAAAGAAAAAGAAUCAAAUAUAUAAUUAUAUAGUUCUGAUAGGGUAGAAGAAACUCAUGUUGAAAAAAAAGCGUUUUAUAUCUAUCCUAAUUCAGAUGAUUAUUUAUUGAUAUUUGAUCUAGAAGAUUUGGAUUAAUCUUAAUUAUUCAUUUUAAUUAAAGAAAUUAAUUAAUAAGUACUUUAAGUAUAUGUUUGGAGAGGAUAAGAAUGGGCUGGAAAUGAUGAUGUAAUAUAUCUAUUCAUUAUUCUAGGACGAGUAAUAUUUUGUUCAUGAAAUUAUAAGCAAAAAUUAUUCAUACAUUAAUGAAAGAAAUAUUUACGUAUUCUAAGAAGUAACUAUGAUACUUUUAUAAAUUAGGAACCUAAUGAUGAAAGUGAUGUAUUUCUUGACUGCUUUUCAUGA